AUGCCUGUUGGCGGCUACUCUCUCGCAGAAUCCCCCAACAAGGGAGCGGUGACUGGCGCCACAAUGUUCCCAUCGCGCGGCCUCGCAAAUGCGGGCAUGCAGCAGCUGAGUCCCAGGUUCCCAGGCAAAGGGCCAAGCCCCAGCAUUAACACCCAUGGGCAGUUUGAAGAUCUGGAGCAGCGCUUCAAGCUCUGGGUGGGUGGCUCUGAAGCCGGGAAAUCGCAGCUGUGGAAAGCCUGGGAUGCCAUUGACUACAAUGGCAACAAUAUCGUGAGCCUGGCUGAGAUUGACCGUUGGGUGGUUGAUACUUACCCGCAGCUGAACAACAAGCCUGCUCUGAUGCGGGCCUACAAAGCGUGCGACCUCAACCAGGCAAGCCCCCUUUCUGGGUUGAUGGGAGUUUCCCUAAAUUCGGGGUACCUUUAG